GAGAAGAGAAAGCCGUGCCCUCAUUUGUAGUCAUUGCCACUUUUCUUGGGAUAUAGAAUUCUCAUUGAAUGGCACUAUAAAAAUAAAAACAAAAACUUAAGCAUUUCAUACACAAAAUCCUCUGCUUUCUUCUUGUGUUUCUCCUUUAAUUUGCUGUGGUUAUUAAGGCUGCAAAGAUGGAGGGUAUCAGCCUUGAGCAAAUAAAGAACGAGACUGUUGAUCUGGAAAAGGUCCCCAUUGAGGAAGUGUUUGCGCAGUUAAAAUGUACACACGAAGGUUUGAGCACGGCAGAAGGAGAAAGCCGGCUUCAAAUAUUUGGACCCAACAAACUAGAAGAGAAAAAGGAAAGCAAAUUUCUCAAGUUUCUGGGGUUCAUGUGGAAUCCCCUAUCAUGGGUCAUGGAAUCUGCUGCUAUAAUGGCUAUUGCAUUGGCAAAUGGUGGCGGAAAGCCCCCAGAUUGGCAAGACUUUGUGGGUAUUUUUGCCCUGCUUGUCAUCAACUCCACCAUCAGUUUUAUUGAGGAAAACAAUGCCGGGAAUGCUGCUGCGGCUCUCAUGGCUGGUCUUGCUCCUAAGACUAAGGUGCUUAGGGAUGGUAAAUGGAGCGAGGAGGAAGCUGCAAUUCUGGUUCCAGGAGACAUCAUUAGUGUCAAAUUGGGAGACAUCAUCCCUGCUGAUGCUCGUCUUCUUGAGGGUGAUCCUUUAAAGGUUGAUCAGUCUGCCCUCACUGGUGAAUCACUUCCCGUGACCAAGAAUCCAGGAGAUGAAAUUUUCUCUGGCUCAACUUGUAAGCAAGGUGAAAUUGAAGCUGUAGUUAUUGCUACUGGUGUUCAUACUUUCUUUGGGAAGGCAGCACAUCUUGUGGAUAGCACACAAAAUGUUGGACACUUCCAGUUGGUGCUUUCUUCUAUUGGGAAUUUCUGUAUUUGUUCCAUUGCAAUUGGAAUGAUUAUUGAGAUCAUAGUCAUGUACCCGAUUCAGCACCGCCAGUAUAGAAAAGGAAUUGACAAUCUUCUGGUUCUCUUGAUUGGAGGCAUCCCCAUUGCCAUGCCCACUGUCUUGUCUGUGACAAUGGCCAUUGGGUCUCACAAACUGUCUCAGCAGGGCGCCAUCACUAAGCGAAUGACUGCAAUUGAAGAGAUGGCUGGUAUGGAUGUACUUUGCAGUGACAAGACAGGGACACUAACACUCAACAAACUUAGUGUUGACAGAAACUUAGUUGAGGUGUUUGCAAAGGGAGUAGAUAAGGACCAUGUGAUCUUGCUUGCUGCAAGGGCUUCUAGAACUGAAAACCAGGAUGCCAUUGAUGCUGCCAUUGUUGGAAUGCUUGCUGACCCUAAGGAGGCUCGGGCUGGUAUUAGAGAGGUGCACUUCUUUCCAUUCAAUCCUGUGGACAAGAGAACUGCUUUGACAUAUGUUGAUGACGAGGGAAAUUGGCACCGAGCAAGCAAAGGUGCCCCUGAGCAGAUCCUGACCCUUUGCAACUGCAAAGAGGAUUUUAAGAGGAAGGCUUUUUCUGUUAUCGAUAAGUUUGCUGAGCGUGGACUUCGAUCAUUGGCUAUUGCUAGACAGGUAGUUCCAGAGAAAACUAAGGAAAGUCCUGGCAGUCCAUGGCAGUUUGUUGGUUUGUUGCCCCUCUUUGAUCCUCCAAGACAUGACAGUGCAGAAACCAUCCGCCAGGCUCUCAAUCUUGGUGUUAAUGUCAAGAUGAUUACUGGUGAUCAACUCGCCAUAGCAAAGGAAACUGGCCGUAGACUUGGAAUGGGAACAAACAUGUACCCAUCUGCUUCUUUACUAGGGCAACACAAGGAUGAAAGCAUUGCUGGCCUUCCUGUUGAAGAGUUAAUUGAAAAGGCAGAUGGAUUUGCUGGAGUAUUUCCAGAGCACAAAUAUGAAAUUGUGAAGAAGUUGCAAGAGAGCAAGCACAUUUGUGGAAUGACUGGAGAUGGUGUCAAUGAUGCCCCUGCUUUGAAGAAGGCAGAUAUUGGAAUAGCCGUUGCUGAUGCUACCGAUGCUGCAAGAGGUGCAUCUGACAUUGUUCUGACAGAACCUGGGUUGAGUGUUAUUAUCAGUGCAGUGCUGACUAGCAGAGCUAUAUUCCAAAGAAUGAAGAACUACACAAUUUAUGCAGUCUCCAUCACCAUUCGUAUAGUGUUUGGUUUCAUGCUCAUUGCUCUGAUAUGGAAAUUUGACUUCUCUCCAUUCAUGGUUCUGAUCAUUGCCAUUCUAAAUGAUGGAACAAUUAUGACAAUCUCAAAGGAUAGAGUGGUGCCAUCUCCUCUGCCAGAUAGCUGGAAACUGAAGGAGAUAUUUGCUACAGGGGUUGUUCUUGGAGGUUACUUGGCAUUGAUGACUGUCAUAUUCUUCUGGUUAAUGCAUGAAACUGACUUCUUCCCUGAGAAAUUUGGUGUGAGACACAUAAAGGAUGACACUGAUCAAAUGAUGGCUGCUUUAUACCUGCAAGUGAGUAUUGUGAGCCAGGCCCUCAUAUUUGUGACUCGAUCACGCAGCUGGUCCUAUGUUGAACGCCCUGGAAGUCUCUUACUCAGUGCGUUCUGUAUUGCACAAUUGAUUGCAACUAUCAUAGCUGUAUAUGCCGACUGGAGCUUUGCAAAGAUAAAAGGAAUGGGUUGGGGAUGGGCUGGAGUCAUCUGGCUUUACAGUAUCAUCUUCUAUAUUCCACUUGACUUCAUAAAGUUUGCCAUCCGCUACAUCCUAAGUGGGAAGGCUUGGACAAACAUGAUAGAAAACAAGACUGCCUUUACCACCAAGAAAGAUUAUGGAAAGGAAGAGAGAGAAGCUCAAUGGGCUCAUGCUCAAAGGACCUUACAUGGGCUUCAACCACCAGAAACUACUAAUCUCUUCCAUGAGAAGAACAGCUACAGGGAGCUGUCUGAGAUUGCUGAGCAGGCCAAGCGACGAGCUGAGGUUGCAAGGCUUCGGGAGCUUCACACACUCAAGGGGCAUGUUGAGUCAGUGGUGAAGCUGAAAGGACUGGACAUUGAUACAAUCCAGCAGCAUUACACAGUGUGAAAACUCAGAAGCAACAAUUCCUCGAGGGGAGAAAGGGCUGCGAUAUGUUGUGCCCAAACCAAUGAGAGAAACAAAGGCUUAACUAGUUAAACCUUACUAGACAGGAGAGCAUGUUUGUGCUACAACUCUCCCAGUUUGUUUACUUUUCCUUUUACUUUCGAAUGACACAAGAAAAAUUGUGUUUGGUUUUCUUCUUGCUCUGACUUAGGAGCAGAGUAAUGCACUUGUUACACAGUUUUCUAGUUUCAAGUUCAUCUUCUUCCUUCUCAUACGCCUUGGCGCUUCCUAUCUUAGACUUUUGAAUGUAUCUCCGUAUUGUAUGCCAUCGUCCCAUCAUGACAUGGCGAUGAUCAAAUGUAAACAUAAUAUUGAGAUAACUGGACCUGAGAAUAAGAAUGCAUGGAAUUUCUAUGGCA